CCACGUCCUCUCCUUCUAGCCACCUAUUAAUUAUUCAUUUUCCCAGAGAAGCAACCAAGGAUCCAAGUUUAAAACUUUUCCUCCCCCAGCUAAUGCGAGACGCGGCCAGAUCCCAUCCAACACAUAGUUUAAUUUUCAUGGGGCUCUGGGAUCAAAAGGACAGAAACAGCAACAACAAAAGCCCAGCCGCUGUCUGAUUUAAACUGGCAAAGUGGGGAAAAUAAAGUGUUGAGUAAACAGACCGAAUUGGUAGUCAUGGGGAGUUUCAAAGGUCAUGCCCUCCCCGGAACUUUCUUCUUCAUCAUGGGUAUUUGGUGGACUCUGAAGUGCGUUCUGAAGUAUGCCUACAGAAAGCACAAGCGGACUUCCUAUCUUGGUUCCAAAGCAUUAUUCCAUCGAAUCGAUAUUGUGGAGGGAAUUGUAGUAAUCUGCAUGGCUUUAAUUGGUAUGCUUGGGGAACAGUUUAUUGUUGGAGGGCCCCACCUGUCCUUGUAUAACUAUAAAGAAGGCCGGUGGAUCCAGCUCCUGGGCUGGCAUCACACUACCAUGUAUUUCUUCUUUGGACUGCUGGGCGUGACAAACAUCCUGUGUUCCACCAUCAGUUCACUUCCUACCUCUUUAAGCAAGUUAAUGCUGUCCAAUGCCUUAUUUGUGGAGGCUUUUAUUUUCUACAACCACACCCAUGGCCGGGAAAUUCUGGACGUCUUUGUCCACCAGCUGCUGGUCUUGGUCAUCUUUUUGGGAGGCCUGGUUGCCUUCAUGGAGCUCUUCAUACGCUCCAAUGUAACCGUGGAGCUUCUGCUCAUGAGCUUUAUCCUGCUUCAGGGGAGCUGGUUCUGGCAGAUUGGUUUUGUCCUUUAUCCCCCCAGUGGAGGUCCUGCAUGGGAUCUACUGGAUCAUGACAACAUUAUGUUUCUCACCAUAUGCUUUUGUUGGCAUUAUGCAUUCACCUUUAUCGUCAUUGGAGUGAUUUAUGCUUUUGUCACCUGGUUGGUUAAAUCUCGACUUAACAGGUUCUGCCCCUCAGAAGUUGGACUCCUGAAAAAUGUUGAACGAGAACAAGAAUCAGAAGAAGAGAUGUGAUUUUGAUGGGCAUCUUGUCUUUCUGGAUGAACUUUUCUUUUUCUUUUUUUUUUUUUGCAUUGUUUUUGUUUCUUGACCUUUUGUUUGGCUGAGGAUGAUUCUUCCUGAGGUAUAUUGGACAUAUUUUGACUUUUGUUAAAGUAUUUGAAUUUUAAUGUUUUAUUUUAGGUUUGAAAAUACUUCAGAUGAUAAGUUCAUUUUACACAUCAGACUUGGUCUUCAGGACCUGGAGUGACUCUUCCCAGGUCACCUCAAGUCUGAUGCUCGUACUAUGAAAAGCAUUUGUGUGUUUUUUUGCCUUAUAGAUAUGCUCAAGGUUCCUGGGCUUACUACCAUUUGUACUUGUUAAACAUGGAACUACACUUGUUUAUCUUGUUGUUGCAAUGAGAAAUAAAUGAAUACGUGGACCUUGGUUCAGAUA